ACGAAGUUAUAGUUCCCAGUUCCGUUCCUGUAUGCGCCACCUCCUUCAGGGGCAAUACCACCGUGGUUGCAGGGACAGACAUCCCCACCCACAGCAACGUAGGCCCCUACCCUAUGGACACGCUCAUAGGGCUGCACACGAUGGAUUCUCAAACUAUUGGACAUGUUCUUGAGGUUGUAUAUAAAGGUGGCCGAGUGAUGUUGCCCGACAAUGUCACCGACACGUGGUUGCUACACGUACAACCAGCACGUGACCGACACGAGCAGAACGUUGAAACGUACCGAGACGUUAAGGGUCGUCUAUUCUUGCGCUUUCUUCGACAUGUCAAUAAAGGGGAGCAACUCUUGGUUUGGUACAGCGAUGAUUUGGCUCGGCAGAGCGGCAUCCCAAUCCUAUCACCAGACAAUAUCAGAGGUAACCAACAAUACAUGUGCACUGAAUGCCAGAAGAUAUUCAAGUAUCCCAACAGUCUUAAAGCUCACAUCCGCUUCCGGUGCAGUGAAAAGAAGCCCGAUGUUACAGACAGAAUACAUCCAACCCCCAUGUUCACUGUCAGGUCCAUCCUUAACCUGCCCCUGACUGGAGAUGCACCACAAUGUGCCUCACUCCCUUCAAUGGGAGCUUUCCUUACAAGCAGCAGUAAAUCUGGUGCUUCCAAAGAUUCCCUAGAAAACUGGUUAUUGACAAGGGCGACUGCACAGCUACAGUUGCCGACGGCUGAGCUGUCUGCCUUUAGGCCUCAUUAUAAGGCAGGGGACGUCAAGGCUGACCCAGACAGAGGCGAGGCCUCACACACUGACCAGGGUGUCCUCAAUCUGUCUGUGAGGGAGGCGCCAAAGCACCCACCACCACAGCAAACCCAGACUUCAAUGUCUGGCGUGUCUCAGCCAAUACAGAUAUUCAACCACAUCCACCCGCCAGCUUUCCCGAUUGCUAUUGACCACAGUGCCCUUCGGCUCUACUACCCCUAUCUGGACCCCAUGCACGAACAGACUAGACUAUGCUGUGGCUCUCUACCAACUCACACAUCCCUAACAGAGCAAAGGGGGGCGUGCAUGUCUCAGUAUGGUCGCCAUCUUCUCAGGGCCACGUCUAAUGCCAAGCACGCGGGGCAGGCUAUAAGCUCACAGUGUUACCAAGGCAACAUAGCAGAACCUCUGACAGGGAAAGGCAGUGUCUCUUCCAUGCCAUUCCCUUUCCCAAUGCCGUCAGAUACAGAAGGAGAACCUCUAGACCUGAUCCCGAGAUCUCUGUUCACAAGCAAAUCAAGAAAAGGACACUUGUGUAUUUACUGUGGGAAGCUCUACUCCAGGAAAUACGGACUUAAAAUUCAUCUGCGCACACACACUGGUUACAAGCCAUUGAAGUGUAAGGUGUGUCUAAGACCGUUUGGGGAUCCAAGCAAUCUCAAUAAACACGUUCGACUUCACGCAGAGGGAGAGACACCAUACCGAUGCGAGUUCUGCGGCAAGGUACUGGUGAGACGGCGGGAUCUAGAACGACACAUAAGGUCUCGCCACCCAGACAAGGCGGAGAAACAACUAGAGGAUAAGGUGCUUAGUGACGGGGAACACGCCGACACCACGACCGUGGACACUGCCGAUACCUGCGACGUCAUGGACAGAGAGAUUGUAGUCACAUGAAAAGAAGACCGAUACAUAAUUGAUGAACGGCUGCUGAAGAGGUUAAGUCAUAACGUCCGACUCUAGUCCACUUGUAGCCAGUAGCCGCCCACGGCAAUGUCAGAGAUAGAGUCACACUGUGAUACGAAAGUCCGAUUUCUCCACUUCAUUUUUUCUCACAAAAGACUG